AUGUUUAAUUAUGAAAGUAUAUUUAUUGACGAAGACGGUUUAUCAGACAUGACCAUAGAAGAUGUAAAAAAAUUGAAACCAUACUGGAACGUACAAAUAGCUAAUUUUAAGGAAAAUGCGAACGAACCUGUUUUCACUCUUUUGCAAAUGGCGAUUAUACUCAACAAAAAAACGAUCGUGGGGUAUUUGUUGGCUAGACGAGGUUUAGAUAUUAAUGCCCUUAGUAGGAACAACCAAACAGCUCUAAUGAUUGCUUGCGAGAAAAAAGUACCUCUUGAUUGGAUUGAAGCAAUUUUACAAAAAGGAGGCGACCUAGGUAUAAACAUAAAAGACGAUUACGAGGAAACCGCUCUAGAUAAAUGUGAUUUAUACUCAAAAACCUAUCAAUUACUUUUAAAAUAUGGAGCUAUAGAAAAUAGGAAUGCCUUGAAAAUGAAAGACAACAUGCCUAAACAAUCGAAGUAUGGAGGAAAUUUAUGGUUUAACGUUUGCGGAUGUGGAACAAGAUAUUAUAAAUAA